GAAAAAGGCCAGCAAAUUCCAGCCUUUUAAGAAGUUUUUCGGUAGGAGAAAAAAACAGGAGGCAACGCCAGACCACGAGGACACCAAGUUGAAGCCAAGCAAUUCCUUCGGAAAUGUCUGUAAUGGUGCACUGUCUUCUGAUGAAGAGACGAACAGUGGUCUGAGGUCUUCCAGUUAUAGUAUGGGAACACGGGCUUUUUCCCAUGAUAGUAUAUUUAUACCUGAUGGGCGAGCAGAAAGUGAAGAGUCAAUUCAAGCAAUGUCACAAGAAAACAUCCUAGGCAAAGUCAAAACUCUUCAGCAACAGUUGGCCAAGAAUAUUAAAUUUGGCCAACCUCCACAAAUGACAGUUUCAGUGAAGACAACUGGGGAGGCAAAUGCUAGUUUGGAAGCAGAUGUGUUGCUGAGCAGCCCCAUGGAGACUGAGACCCAGCAAGACAUAGCCCUUCCAGAGAGCCAUAAGAAAUCAGGUGGUGUGCCGGAUUCAUUAAGCCCUGCAAACCUGCGUGGAACAAGGCACGAAGGGGAGGAGAAGGUGACUCCAGUCAAAUCAUCAUCUCGGCCAAAAAGACACCACUCACCUUCUGGCACAAUUGAAACGGUCAAUCUCGAUGCAAUCCCACUAGCGAUCGCUCGUCUGGACAACAGCGCAGCAAAGCACAAACUCUCUGUUAAGCCAAAGAAUCAGAGAGUUUCCAAAAAGCACAGAAGGUUAUCAAAGGAGCUACAAAGUGUAAUAGUGACUGAGUUUGAACAUGACAUUCCGGAAUCACUAAAGUAUGAAGAUAAAGUCUCAAAACCCAAUGGCUGUCAUGUUGCAGCCAAGCCAAUCCAGUAUGGAGAAGGUCAAGAACAGAAAGCAGAAGGAAAAAGAAAAAAAGAAGAUAAUUGGGUAUAUGUUGAGACUGAAAAAACAAUACAAAAGGCUGAAGCAGAAGUAAAUAGCCAUAUGGAAUACAAAAGAGUUCAAGAAUUUGAAGAAAGCCCAAGAGAACAAGAAGGGAAAAAACAGAAGCUUCAGGAAGAAGAACAGCUGUUUAAAAUGGAAGAAAGAAAGGGUCAAGAAGGGAAGAAAAGACAUGAAGAACAGAGGCAUCAAGAAUUUCAUGUGCAGAGGCACCAAGGCCUGGAGAAGCAGAGGAAGAAGGAAGAGGGGCCUGAGGAAAUGGAGGAACAAAUACAACCAAUCGAAAAUCAACAGGGACUAGAGGGACAAAAGCAAAGGCAUCAUAAACUGGAGGCACAAAGGCAACAUCAAGUACAAAAACACUGUGAACUGGAGGCACAAAGGCAAUGGGAAGUACAGAAACAUCAUGAACUGGAGGCACAAAGGCAGAAGAAACUGAAGGAACAAAAGCAAGAGGGAGAACAAAAGCAACAUGAACUAGACACACAAAGGCAACAGGAAGAACAACGGCACAGAGAAUGGGAAGAACAGAAACAGCAGGAACCGCAGGAUCCAAAAGAAGAAGAAAACAGACAUAGAAAAAUACAGGAGAAAAAAACAGAUGAAAAGUUGUUACACCAAGGGCAGAAAGACAAAAGACAAGAACAGGAGAAGCAAAAAUGGUCGGAAGAAAAACAAAGGCACCAGGAUUUGGAAGAGCAAAGAGGACAAGAACUAGAGACGCAAAUACAUGACUCUGAAAAGCAGGAUGAAUUGAACCAACAAGUACUGCCAGUGCAAAAAAUACAAACAGGACAGAGACAAAAAGAACCAGAGAAAAGCAGAAAUCUAGAAGGUGAAGAGAGAUUGCAAGGGAAGGGAAGAACCAUGAACCUGAAGGAGCAAAAGAGACCAGGAGAGCAACAGCAGACUCUGGAGACGGGUCAAAUGAAUAAGGAUGAACAAAAGCAAAAAGAGCUAGAGAAGUCCAUUAGGUUAGCAGAACAUGGAAAAUGUGAACCAGCAGAAUUAAAACAGCCCUGCGCUGAAAAGGGAGUGCAACAGGAAGAGUUGAUACAAAGAGAAGAGGGGCAGAAACGAGAAGAAGAGAAAACACUUAUUUUAGGACAACAGCCACUGGAAAAGCCAAAAGAACAAGUAAAGUCCUUCCAGUUACAAAUAGACAGAAACAUGGAUUCAGAAGAAAAACAUGUGAACACUGUAGAGAAAGAGCUCCCACUUGAAGAACAAGCAACACAACAAAAGAUAAAGCAGACGGACAAAGAACAGAAGGAGGAAGAAAUCCUAAGACACAAUCAGAGAAAGAUUGUUGAAACUCAGGAGCAGGAAAGAAUCCUUGGUGAAGAACUACGGUGGCAGGAAGUUGAUGCAGGACAAACUAUGCCGAGGGGAUUCACUUUUCAAGUAUCGUCUGGAGAAAAACAGAUUAUAUUUCAGAAAGUGAAUCUGAGCCCAGUUACUCCUAUUAAAGAGGCACCGCCUCCUUCUGCCACACAGGAAUUAAAGACGCCUAAAUCCAGCAAAGGUUCUCAUGCUCUCCCAACCUCUUUGUGUGUCCCACAUACAGCAAUUUUAGUCACUGGAGCCCAGCUCUGUGGCACUGCAGUAAAUCUCAAUCAGAUAAAAGAUACAGCUUGUAAAUCUUUACUUGGCUUAACAGAAGAAAGAAAAAUGGUGGAUGUGGCUUCACCAGAAAGCACUCAGAAAAUGUCUCCUGGUGCCAAACCUAGCAGCAGUAAAGUGAAGCAUGCUCAAGAUGCACUGGGCAAUCAGGCCAUGCUAGCUGAAUGGGCUUCAAUUCGGUCAAAAAUCUUAAAAAGUACAGAAAAUGGUAAACUUAAUGAGAAAGACAGAGGGAGUCUCAGUAGGCAUAGUGACGAUUGGACACCUAAAGGGCGAAGCACUUCCCAUAGUAACUUACGGAAAACCUUGUCUGCAAAUGCAAAGUUUUCCAUAACUCCUGCGUGGCAGAAGUUUCCAGAACUCUCAACGACUAAUGCAGCUCCUGAGAGUAAUGUUGGCCCUGGAGCAGAGAACACAGCAAAAGAGUUGGGUCCAUCCACUGUCAAUGCAGAUCAAGAAGCAGUUCAUACCGAGACACUGUCCUGUGCAGUGAAUAUACUUGGAACCCCUACAGGGAAAACCAAAGUAUAUCACGAAGAGGCAGAUAACACAGAGGGCUGUAAGUUUGCCAAAGAUCUCCCAUCUUUCCUUGUUCCAAGUGCCCCACAUUCUCUAAGUAAAGACAUGUCCCACUCAGAAACUUCACCUGCUAUGGAAACUCAACAGAAUGUUGCUAUGAGAAAACCGGACAGAGUUUCACCAAACGGGGAAGAAAGUACAUCCCCAUUUGGGGUAAAAUUAAGAAGGACCAACUAUUCUUUGCGUUUUCACUAUGAUCAGCAAGCAGAGCAAAAGAAGAAGAAAAGGUACAGUGCAGGAGACAGUUUUGAUGGUGUGCCGACUCCACUAGUUACACCAGACAAUGAAGAAGAUGCAAAUAACAUAUUUUUAAAAGAGAGGAAAUCUCCUAGCCAGGAGAGAAAAGAUGCCAUUGUUACUUCUGCAAAGGCUUCUUCACUUAACAUCAAUCAGAGCUGUACCACAGCUGCCCCGGUAUCUCUACCAACUGGCAGUCAUGUGCCUGCACCCAGUCAAGAGAAACCUGUCUCGAAAUCAGCACUCCCACAAAAGCCUGCAUUAGCUCCAAAGCCCACCAGCCAAACCCCACCAUCAUCUCCUCUCUCAAAAAUACGUAGAUCUCACUUAACUGAAUCCACAGGGCAAAGGAUAGCUAAAACUGAACCUGACACCAGCUGGAGAAAAACUGAUGCUAAAGGGAACUCACAAGCAACUAAUGAAAGCAAGAAUGAAGAGGAAGAGUCUAGGGAGAAGAAGUCAUUUUUCCCAUCCAUCACUAUGCCAUGGAGAGAGAAAAUUGAGAAAAAGCCAGAUCCGUUGAAAAAAGAAAGGCCAGUUCUUCAGAGCAGUCAUUCCAUAGAUGGCUCCAAAAUGAUGGAAAAAAUCGAAUCUGCACAACCGCUAUGGAUCACGUUGGCACUGCAAAAGCAGAAGGGUUUCCGAGAGCAGCAAGCAACCAGAGAGGAAAGGAGACAAGCCAGGGAAGCAAAGCAGGCUGAGAAACUUGCAAAAGAAAAUGCCAGCAUAAACAGUCAAUCAGAUAAUAAAAAUAGUAAUACUAGCAGGACAAGUGGACCGCUAAAACCCACAGCCCAGGAAGAGGAGAAGAAAGUUGAGACUGCUAUGUCAAGGUUUGAACGCAGAGAACAGCUUAAAAAAUCUAACACCCUUCCAACAUCCGUGACAGUGGAGAUCUCAAAUUCUGCUCCAUCUUCACCCUUGGCAAAAGAAGUCACCAAGAGAUUCUCUACGCCUGAUGCUAAUCCUGUGUCAACAGAACCUGCCUGGCUGGCUUUAGCCAAGAGGAAAGCAAAAGCCUGGAGCGACUGUCCACAAAUCAUUAAGUAAAUUAUACUGGUUUUGCUCUUUACUGUUGUUUAUUAAUUGCUCUCUUCCUUUUGUUAGUAUUUUCACAUGGCAGAACCAACUGAACAAAAUUUAAGUGCAUAUCCUGAAAAACAACAAACACUUUGAACUGUUUACCAUUUUCUGUAGCUCAACUGCAGAUUUCAUCUAUAUAAUAGAAUCUAUUACUUUGAGAAUCUAGGUACUAUGGAAGAGAGGUAUAGGCACAAAGCUCAGGUUUAAUCUCUCUCAAAAGUAUGGGGAUGUUACAAUGUAUAUUUGAGGUUCAGACCAUGUUAAGAAGUGCUGCUCCAGUGUUGCUGAAUUUUGGAUCAAAUGGUUUGGAUUUCUGGUUAUGUUUUUUGGAUAUGUUAUGGUAAACAAAGCAGAGAUUCCAGCCACUCAAAACUUUUUAAAUGAAUGUAAGUUGCAUGUUCUUUCCACUUUUGAAUUGAGAAUGUAUUACCGGUUACUGGAAAAUUCGAAAAUCUCUACUCAGGUACAGGAUUUAGAAAGACCCCCUCCUGUCUUAGUAGUAAUGAAAAUAUACAAUGAUUACCUUUUAUUAAUGUUGCAACUAAUCUAGUGAUGAUGCCUUUGAAAUAAUUAAGUGUAACAUGUGACUGAUGAAAGCACCAAUAUACCCAGUCCUGCUAGGACAAAAAUGGAAUAUAGGAGUUUCUCCAGCUAUUUUGAGCUUUGUGCAGGUUAGCUCUCUUGUAAAUGUUUUCAAAAUUCAGUGAUUUUUUUUUAAAAAAAUAAGGAUUUUGUGGUAAAUAUUGCCUUUACCAGUACCUUUUAACAGGAAGUAUCUAAAUAUAUUGUUAUAAUUAAUAUGCUAAAACUG